AAUCGGGAACCUGACCAGGAAUUUUCUUUUUGGUAAUUGGAGCAAUCCGAAGUCGUUCGUGAACGGUGAAGAGCGUGGUUGUCGUUGCGGAGAGUCGAACACUGAAUAGAGACGACGGGAGGAAUGGGAAAUCGUUUUUGUGACCGCAAAGAGAGGAGAAUUCGUAAUUAUUAGACAGCAAACGGAGCUGGGUAAAGUAACGUAAAAGUUGCCUUUGUACUUAAGUCUAUUUCGUAAAGCUCGGAACUUGGAGGCGCGGUGAUCGAUUGUCGAUUUACAACGAAGGGACAAUCGUUGGUACGAUUGGUCAAAUAAUCGAAACUAAUACAGACUCGAGCGAAUGUAUCGAAUACUCAUUGUACCUGAAUACAACGAUAUUUAAAACGCAACGAUAAUAGAGGAAAAAUAAACCCCGCAGAAAAAUAUACGUCAUAGAUUGUAAAAGCCGUAAUCUAAUCGAAGAGUAAAACAAUAAAUAUAAAAAAAAAAAAAAAGAAAACAACCACCCUCGGCUACGAUUGAUCCUAACUCUUCUAUUCAAUAUUCACCGAUCGUGUCGCCUACCGUCGCUUGGCAUUAAAACCGCGGGAGCUAAGUUUCUCCGUUGUUUGUCACUCGUCACUUGAAAUUGUAAAAAUAUUUUCCUCGCUACCUCGCGCCUGGUGGAGGUAAACGGCAAGGUUUUUUCAGUUGACAAAAGACAAGAGAAAACAAUAAUCGAGGAACAAAAAUUACGUCCGCAGUCGUCGUCCGGUGUAUCGUGCGAUUAAGCCGCCCGCGUCCCGGCCGGAAUCAUCGGAAACUGUGGUAUGGAUGUGUACGAAGACACGUAGGACCCGAAACGGUCCAACGGUCCGCCAACGACAUGCGGAAUCGCCUCUGGCGAUAAAAGAGAGUCCACCCAUCCACACUCAGCGCGAUAGGAAAUCGCCGCUUGGGCUUCGAACGAUCCAAGAGCGAAAGAGAACCGAAGAGGUCCGACGGCCGUGGGAAUACCGAGUAAUCGACGAAGACCAGCCGACAACGUGAUCGGGAAGUCGAUAUCUUCGGGGAGUCCGAGAAAUCCGAUCGGCGAUCCGUGGCGGAAGAGCUUCGAGAACGAGCCGAAUAUCCUGGGGGGAGGAAAUCGUUGACUGCAAAACGUGUGAUGGUAAUUUGAUUCACCACGAUUCAACCAAAGGACUUGAAGAUGCCGCAGCGAUCGCCCUUCGCGAUCCAGGAGCUUCUGGGCCUGAACGGUACCGGAAACGCCAACGGAUCCGAUCGGGGAUCGCCGCACGGCUCGCCGCCGGCCGGAGUCUCGGCCGUUUCUUACGCCCCAUCGGCUCCGCACCAUAAGCUAUGGGACUACAUGCCGUCCCUGACGAGCCAUCUGGGGAACCUGGGGAACCUGGGGAACCUUGGGAACCUGACCGCCUCGAGGAUGGCUUACCUGAACGCCCAGGCCGCUGUCGCGGCCGCGUUUCUUCCCCCGCCGCAUCCGCACCCGGCGCAUCACGUCGCGCAUCACCAGGUCCACCAACCCGGACAACUUCCGUCGUCGCCCAGUGGGAACCUGCAUCCGGCGGCGCACGCGCAGCACGUACUUCCGGGGACCGCUGUUGGUACCAAUCACCAUCAGCACAGUCCCAAUCAACACACACCCCCUCACGGAUUCUCCCAACUGAAGAACACCUUUUCCAACACGAGUUCAGGUAUCGGACACAGUAUCGAAACUGGGAAAGACUUCACGGUCGACGGUCUCUCAGGUUUCAGCAAAAAAAAGAAGAAGAAACGUCGCCAUAGCUCCAGGACGAUCUUCACGUCGCAGCAGCUGGAGGAGCUCGAGACGGCUUUCAAGGAGGCGCACUAUCCGGACGUUUACGCCCGCGAGAUGCUCAGCCUCCGAACGGAUCUUCCCGAGGACCGAAUACAGGUCUGGUUCCAAAACAGAAGGGCCAAGUGGCGUAAGACUGAGAAAUGCUGGGGCCGGAGUACCAUAAUGGCGGAAUACGGUCUUUACGGAGCCAUGGUGCGUCACUCGCUCCCUCUUCCAGAAACUAUAUUGAAAAGUGCGAAGGAGAACGAGGCCGUCGCACCUUGGCUACUCGCGCAAUCGUCUAAGUCGAGCAGCUUUAAUCAAGAUUUCGAAAAUAAUCAAGAUCUGAUUGACUGUGGGUCUGUAGGGAUGCACCGGAAGUCCAUAGAGGCAGCGGAACACCUCAAGGGUGGUGGCGAAGACAGCGGAAACGAUCAUGCCGGAAGCGGAAGUAGCCCCCAUCAUAACCACCUUCAAGGCGGACCGACGAGCUCCGAGAGCGGUCAAGAGAGCCAGGAUGGCAUGGGGCCCUCCUCAUCCUCCGGAGGUGACUUCAAAGGCGUUCAAGACACCGAGCAGCUCAGGAACGAGAGCAUCGCUUGUUUGAGGGCCAAGGCGCAACAGCAUCAGCUGCAACUGAGUCUUCAGCCGUCAACAGCGCCUGGAACGACACCGUAUUCGGCUCCUCCACAAACGAGCACCCUUCACGCCUGAGCUGAGGAAUUGACCCACGGUGUGUUCGAAUCCUCCGCAAUAAUAUUGUGAAGAUUGCCGAUCAGCGUGGUGGUCGAAUUGCUAUAAAAACGUGAAAAUAAUUCCUGGACUGCAAUGCUGUUCAAUGAGAGGAGCAUCUGAAACUGCAAGAAUGCUAUCGCGCUUGCGCAUGACUAUUUUAGCGCCAUUUGAGCACGACGCAACGUUCGGCGCGAGACUUUGCCGAGCCUCUUGAUAGCCUAACCUCGAUUCUUGCGACGUGCUGUGAAAAACAAGGAGCGAGGAGCAAAGAGAUGGGUACAAUUAGAUAUCUCGGUUAAAUCUGUAACGAUAUCAUCCAGCGACGUUCCGUUAUUUUGACUGUGAAAAAUAAUUGAGGUUAAUGAGUGUCCGGCUGGUAUUUCCGGAAUCUACCCUUACCGAGUGGCGUCCAUGUAACGCUUAUCAUGUUUUCCGACAGAGGCGUUAGCUCCAGACUAUGCCGGUCGAGACAUCUUCUACGAGGGAGUCGCGGUAAUCGAUUGGAAAGUUUGAAAUCUUUCAACGUGCGUUCUAAAUGGAACGGAGUUGCACGCGCGAGAUUUAAAAUGAUUUUGUGAUGAGAAAAACUUGUAAUGUGAUUAUAAUGGCUUGAAUAAUUACGAGGCCUACGAUAAAGGGCCUAUAACACAUCGAGUAUUUUAUAUCUCCAAUAAAGAGACAACUAACAAAUAUAUCGAUUCGACGAAGAGAGUAUAACGCAAUGAUAAUGGAUCUCGAAUAAUAAACUAUUGGUUGUAAAGCUAUUAUACCUGGCUUAUACAUACAGUAUUACCUUCUAAUAGGGCCGUUCAAAGGCGCUGAGAGAAAUAUGAUUCUUGGUAAUUACUUCUUCCCACGAAUAGCGAGAGCAGGACUCGAUUCGGCCGCCGGUUUAACUUUGGAAUGGGGCCGGGUGUCCUCGUACAAAGCUAAUUGCGUAAAGAGUCGUAAACAGAAAUAUUUAGUGGGGGGAGCGUUCGAGUAAUCAUUAGGAGAGGCAGCCCUCUCAUCCAGAGGGGCCCUAUUCGGAAAGAACACUGUCCAUCAGUAAAUACAAAUACAAUGAAGCAAACAUAGACUUACGAAAGAUAGUACUUACUCAUACGGUAAAGAAGGGUGGUUACGGCAGAGAUAAUGGAAAGGAAAACGAAAAAAGUUUUAAGAAUAAAUAAACAAAUAAUACAAAGCGUUAAACAAUGAAAAAUAAAAUGAAUUGCAAAUAUUAUUAUCUAUAAUAUUAUAAUAGUUGCUUUGGUAUAUAUAUAUAGAAGAAAAAAAAAUGUAUAUCGAAUAUAUUUCGCCUUCACAUACGCUAUAUUGUACCGUUAACAAACCGCAACGAAAGCUAUUAUGCAUCUAUAAUAGAUGAAAUACAUCGAACGAAUUUCAAAGAAGUUGGGUGAUCUUCUCUUGACUUAUUUUUCUGUUGGUUUUCUUUAUCUGCGAGUGUCUCCAGAAGAGAACAUAAUCCAAUCCAUAUACAUGUGCACGUAAACAUACGCAUAAUCAUACACGGUCACACAAAUGGGGGGGGGGGGAUAAAAUGACGAAAAGACGAAACAAUAGAUUUGAAAAAAUAUAAAACAACGCAAGCGAACACUAAUUCCUAUACCUAAGUACUUAAGGGUCUUAAAACGUAAUUGUUGUCAAAUGUGCAAUAUAUUGAUAUAAGUUAUAGCAGGUAUGAUACAUAUAUUAUACAGUUUAAUAAUGAUGAAUAUUCAGUCGUUAUGCGUUAAGUAGGGCGAAUUUGUGUAAAUUAUUUAAUCGGAGUACUUAUAUAUUAUAACUAUUAUAUAAAUAAAUUAUUGUAAUAUUUCAAAAUGAUAUUUCAAAGUGAUUAUAUAUACACAUAAAAAAAAUAAAUAUGUAUUAUACAGAGUGAAUUACUAACGCCUAAAUUGUUUAAUGCACGUGCGCUAAAAUAUAACAGCAGGAGCAGUUGUUUUGUCAGGGCGAUCAAUAUUUUUGAAGUUACGUACAUCGCGACGACCUGUCAUCUGAAUUUGUGAAUGUUUGUCACUUUGGCAGAAAAACUGCUAUUACUGUGAUAAUUUAACGCAUGCGCAUUAAACCAUUCAGUUGUUAGCAAUUCACUCAUUAUUAUACAACCUGUGAACAAUUUGAGGGACGAGAGAUUCACACGAAGUUUAUUGCAUACCUUCAAGAGAUUUGCAAGUAAAAAAAAUUUUGCGAUAAGAUUAUAAUUGUCAUGAAGAUAACGAAGAAAAAAACAAAACUGGAUCAUGUCGGAAUGAUCGACUGACAAAAAAAUUUUAAUACAUAUACUAUUAUAUUGUUAGAUUAUAAUCACAAGUGAUCGAAAUUCGGCCGUCUUAACGCGAACAGACUCUAUAUAAUAAUAAGCUAUGUACACGUAAUGUACGCAGUAUUUUAAAGAAUAAAUGCGCAGAAGAAAAUAAUUAAAUAAACAAAUAAAAAUAAAGAAGUAACCUCAUAUGUUCGCCAGAAAAUAAUAAAAACCACUGUUAUUGUGAAAUAUUUCAGGUGGUUCGAAUUGAAAUGUGAAACAUCAUUUUAAGUCUAUUCACCCUAAUUCCCAAACGCAUGCAAAGUAGUCAGCUAGUGUACGUAAAAAAAAAAAUAAAAUUUCUGAACAAAAUCUGUGUAUUAUGUGUAUUAUACAGGGUGUAUAACGACACGGGAUUUGAAAAUUCCCGUAUAAUUCUUGCAUUUUCCCGGUCAUUUUAUAAAAA